AUGAGAGAAGCCUACUACCGAUAUCACAGAAGUGGGCGAACCCCCUACAACCCCGAGAAGCACUGGGAGCCUCACUACUGGGAGCUGCAGCAGCAGCUGCGGCUGCGCCGCGCCGAGGCGGCCGCCAGAGGGGGGGACCACGUCGCCGCGGAGUUCCCGCUGAAGCGCGGGGAGCGGCUGCAGGAGCCCAACCUCAGGACGCGGCAGUCGGUGAUUUCGCUGUACAUCGGCCACGAUGCCUCGGUGGCGGUGAGCCAGAAUGGGCGGGUGCAGUGCGUUCUGGAGCUGGAGAGGCUCUUCGAAGAGAGGUACUUCCGGCCCAGCACCUUCGACCUGAACAUCUUCCACCGCGACUGGCUCCGCGCCCUAAGAACCGUGCAGAGCCGCUGCGACGCCGAGGAGCCCUUGCAGCAGUUCACCAACGGCGUCAUCGUCUUCGCCAAUGCGCGCGACUGCUCGCAGCUGGUUCUGAUGACCAUCGUCGAGGAGAUCUUUUCCGUGGACCGUUGGCACUUUGUGGACCACCACGAGGCCCACGCGCUGCUGGGCUUCUGGGCCUCCCCCUUCCGCUCCGCGCUGAUCAUCUCCUACGACUCCUCGGGGAACGACGGGUCCUUCAACGCCUACGUGGCCCAAAGCGUAGGUCCUGAGCUGCGGCGCAUCGCGCAGCUGGAUUACUCCAUGGGGGCCUAUGAACAGCUGGCCACCUUGCUGCCGGAGGUCACGGGCAUCCCUUUGGCCGACUUCUUCGACUGCUCCAACCUCACGAGCCUCGCGCAAGAGCCCUGGGCGCUGAUCGUGCCGCGGCAGCACUACUUCGAGCGCUCGGACGCGUCCUUGAGCUGGGCCGGGAAGCUGAUGGGCUACGCUGCCACGGGCCAGGUGGACGAGGAGCUGCGGCCCUUGGUGCGUUUCUUCUUCGAGGCGGUGGGCGCCUUCCCCGGCGUGGGCGCCAGCAUGCCGCGGGGCCUGGUGGCCGCGGCGUGCGGCGGAGCCGCGCGGCAGCGGGCGGUGGGCGCCACGGUGCAGGAGGAGUUUCAGAGCUUCGUGAAGGAAAGGGUGCAGCUGCUGCUGGAGCACGUGGGCGUCAAGGAGGUGGAUGGUUUGGUGAUCACCGGGGGCUGCGCCUUGAAUGUGCUGACCAACCAACUCCUCCACGACAGCCUGGGCGCCGCCUUCUACGUGCCGGCGGCGCCCAACGACAGCGGGCUCACCGUGGGGGGCCUGUGGUCCGUGGCGGCCCCCAGGGUUCGGCAGCCGCUGCAGUACUUGGGCUUCCGGCUCUGGGACGAGGCUCUGCUGCCACAGGCGGCGCGGAACCGCGGCGCGGUGCGCCUCGCGUCUUUGGGAGGAGUGGAGUACCUGGCCCAGCUGCUGGCCGGCGAGGGCAGGGGCAACUGGUCGAAGGCCCAUCCCAUCGUCGCGGUGGUGCGGGGCCGCCAGGAGUUCGGCCCCCGGGCGCUGGGGCACCGCUCGCUGCUGGCGGUGCCCAGCGCCCAGAUGCGUGAACGCAUGAACGAGCUCAAGGCACGUGCCUGGUACCGACCUGUGGCCCCCAUGGUGGCCGAGGAGGCGAUGCCGGAGAUCUUCGGGCGCAGUGUGGCGUCGCCCUUCAUGACCAUGGCCCCGGAGGUGCGGCCGGAGGUGAGGCGAAGGUUCCCGGACCUGGCGCACCUCGACGGCACGGCGCGGCACCAGUCCGUCAGCCCCCAGGACGAGCCCUGGGUGCACGCGCUUCUGCUGGCGGUGGGGCGGCGCACGGGCUUGGCGGCGCUGAUCAACACCAGCUUCAACACCAAGGGCAAGCCCAUCGUGAACACCGUGCGCGAGUGCCUCCGCAUGUUGGAUGAGCUUCCGAACCUCGACUACGUGCUCAUCGAAGACUGGCUCUUCCGGAAAUCCCCUGCUGCCCAGCGCCUGUCAGUGCCGUCCACGAAGCCGGAGAUGUGGACGAAGCCGCCGCUUCGACUCAAGGAGAGAGACGCCGAAGGAACGCGGACGCGGAGAAGUGAGCUACAAGGCAUAGGCAUGGAGGACGCCAAGACAGCUGACCAGUCAGCGCUUCCACGAGCAGGCGGUUUGCGUGAAGGGCGUGGCACCUUUGGCAGCGCCGCGCGCUGGGCACCAGAGGAGGAGCACGAGGGGCCACUUCUGCAUCCCACCGACGACUUCCUUUCCACAACAACUCCGGCGAAAGGCGCCGUGAUCUGGCCCCAGGCGGAGCCAAAGCCGCGACAGCUGAAGGAGGCGCGAAGGUGGCUGGAGCACUUGGCGGAGGAGGUGCAGUGCAAGGAGGCGAUCGCCAUCCUUUCUUCCUGGCCUGGGCUCGACGGCGUAACGGCGGCCUGGAAGGCUUUGCUGCUGGAAGAGCAGCAGCGGGAGUUUCAGGGCGAUCCGUUCCUGGACGACGCGUCCACCGAGUGUGGCAGCGAGCUCCCAGAGCUCUCAGUGUGUUCAGCUGCAUCCUCAUCUCCAGGACCGGGAUCCUACACGCCGAACUUCGAGGCGCUGCGGCCGCGCCUCGCCAAAGGCGCCCCCAGCUUCGGCCGCUACUGCGCCCGGGACCCGAAGGACCCGAAGGAGAAAGCCGCAGAGGAAGAGGAUGAGGCGACAGAGAGCAUGGAUCAAGAGGAUGAGCGCUUCACCUGUCGGGGUGGCAAGAUCCUACCCACGCCGUCCACGCGCCCGCGACGGCCCACCAUCUCUCAGCUGGACGCUCUGGCGGCAGCGCAGCGCCCGCUGAGCUACGUGGUCAGCGAGGACCCCCCGCUGCCGCUUCCGUUGGCGCAGGUGGAGGCCUCGGCUCCGGCUCCGGUGGAGACGGGUCGACUGGAGCGCCUGGAGAAGGUGCCGGGCCCCGGUCCCGGGGACUACGAGGUGAGUCUCGCGCCAGGCGGCCCCUCUGCGGUGAUUGCUCCUCCGCCGGAGCCAGCGCAGGAGGUUCCACCGGGCCCCGGCCCGGCGGAGUACGACCUCCGCGCCUCCCAGGCGCACGUCUUUCCCCGCGGCCCAGCAGCGGGCUUCGGGCUUUCCAGAGAGAGUUGGGAGCACCAGCGGUGCCCGGAGUACAUCGCUUCCUACGACGACCUGGAUGUGAAGUAUGUCACCGAGCCCCGGAGUGUGUCCGCGCUGAUCCUCCCAAAGGAGAGCGAGGAAGCCGCGAGGGCGCGGCGCAUCCUUCAAUAUCGCGCACCUGCCGGGGGAACAGGCCCUGACUUGGGGCCCGGCGUCUAUGACGAGUACCUGGUGCAGCGAAUUCGCCCAGACUUGGCGGUGCUGCCCUGGCGACCCAAAGUCUUGCCAGAGCACUUGCUCGGCCUCUACCAGCACUACGCGCCCUCCGGGCGCCUACGCCUGGACGGGCGGCCGCUGCUGGGCACGGAGGAGGACCUGGCGCUGAGGCGCCAGAGGCCGCGGGCGUUCAUCCAGCCGCUGGGGAAGCCUCGGCUGAAGCGCAGCUGGUCUUCGGGUGACAUUUGGCGCUUCUACCUCGGGCAGCCGGAUUUGCCGGAGCCCCUGGGCCGUGCCAGCUUCGCGCGGAACCUGGGCUUCGAGCAGUGGCAGGUGAAGGAGAAGCACUGGCGCUGGCUGGCCGUGAGGCACUUCCGCCGCAACCGCUGCAGCCUGCAACUCUCCUACUCGCUGCCGGAUCUGAAUGUGCUGAAGGAGCGUGCCAUGGAGGUGGACUUUGGAAAGGCUUUGGGGCGCACAGAGCCGGAGGAGGACAGUGAUGGGGACGUGCUGCUGCUCUCUCCCGCCCGAGUGCUCCCGCGCACCGAGUGCUUUGUGGACAUGGCCAAGCAGACGGGCCGUGAAGAGGAGCAGGAGGAGGAGGGCGACGUGCUGUUGCUCUCCCCGGUGCAAGCUCCGCGGAUCCCCUGCUUCGUUGACAUGGGCAGACAGACGGGGCGAGAAGAGGAGGAGAAGGAUGACUUCGAAGAGCUGGUGCUCAGCCCCAAGCGACCCGAGAAGCGGAGCCAUUGCUUCGUGGACAUGGCUCGGGAUGUUGGGCGCAACCAAGCCUCGAAGGAGCACGAGGAAGAGGUGUUGCUCACCAACUGGUCGCCGCCCUUCACGGUACCAUAA